AUGACGGACUACAAAUUGUUACAAAGUGGUGUAGGAGAUGACCUGGUGCUGCUGUCACCCACCCCACAGGGACUACAGCAACAUCUGGACCUGCUGGAGAACUACUGCCAGAACUGGGCCCUGGCAGUAAACCUGAAGAAGACAAACAUUAUGGUCUUUCAGAAAAAGCCCAGAUGUCAGGAACACAGAUACCAGUUCUCUCUAGGCAGCACCGCCCUAGAGCACACGAUGCAAUCUGUGUCAACACUCAAAUGUGGAUCAGAAUCACAUCCGAACAGGAAUUCACUCCACAUGAUGUCCGAUCCAAAGAUUUCCUGGCACGAAGAUUUCGCCAGAAACUUUUCCCGAUUUUUCUCCAGAAGUAAAUCUGUGGACACAAAUGAAAGUGAGGCCCCGUCUGAUGGAUCCACCUUCACCUGCAGUGCUCACAAGGAUUCAUUUCACACACCUGAGCUGGAACUGAACAUGCCAGAAACUGCAGCUGCACAGGAGCUGCAGCUGUCUGACACGGCAGACAGAAACAGUGUGUCACAGGAGGAGGUUGACACACAGGGGGACGCGCUUGAACCUCCUGCCCCGCCGCCCGCCGCCACAGUGCCCCCUGUAGACGGAUUCUUAAGACGCCUGAGCAGCCUGUUCCAUUUCAGUCGGGCAGAACCAUCCGGAGUCCAGAGAGAGACACACAGAGACUCAGACAGCAGCAGUCUGAACACUGGACACAGAGACUCAGUGACACAGGAGACAGACAGCAGUGUGGAACUGUCUCACCAAACCUCGGUAGAGCUGUCUGUGUGUCAUUCAGACUUCACACACAAACAAUCUGAAGAACAUAGUGAGGAACUCAGAGAGUAUGCAAUAGACAACAAUUCUUUGGCAGAGUGUUUGGAGGACAAGAGACGUUACGAUCUAGCCUGUCAACCUGUGGUAACCAUUGGGACAUACCGUGGACAGACGGAGGUCAAGAGAGGAAAGAAGAAGCAUCACUUGGAGCUUCAUUCACCCAUAUCAAAGGGAGAGGAGGUGACGCAUCCAGACAGCCAUGAUGACACUGACAUCUCCUCAGCAUUAAACACCAUGAGUUCUGAUAGCCAAUUAAACUCCACUACUGUAAGUCUAAUAUCUUACAAUCCUUCAUGGAAACAACAAAUAGAAAACGAUUUGAUCCAGAGUGCCCUGUGGACAGACACAGAGACUAAAGACAGAGGUCCCACUGUAGAAUCUGGAGCGACUCCAGCCAGCAAACUCACUCAUAUUGUUGAAACAGGCUCUGAUCGAUUAAUAACUUGCAUAGAAAGAGACUCGGUUCACACCGUUCUUAAAGCAGAACAGAGACUACCGAAUGAAGCAUCUAACAGUGGCCAGGAAGAGCUCGCACAGAGUGAGACACCAGAGAAGGUAUCAGUGAACAGUAUGCAAAAGGAGACACAUUUAUUCUGCAACAAUGCUCUGAUGCACCAUCACAGCCCGCAUCCAUCUCCAGAGCAGAGAUUAAAGCAGAAAACCCCCUCAGUAUUUACAGACAGAAAGGAGCGUUUGUCUCCUGAUGAUUCUCAGACGAACUGCAGUCAAGACGAGAGGGUGACUAAAGAGGAUUCUGGGUUGGAUGAGGAGGUUCUGCGACUGGAGUCUAAAAAGAUGGUUGAUGGCAUUUUGAAAAAUGCUCUUGAUGCCUUUCAAAUAAAGGAAGUUUCUGAGGCGGAGCGUGGUGCACUGUCGACCUGUGAACUUCACAAAGGUUCAGAGUCCGUUAUGUUUGAAGGGACAGAUGGUCGCAGAGAUGGAGCUGAUAAAUCAGAACAGCAGUUUCAUGUGAUUAUGUCUGAUCAGACACCAUCUGUAUUUCUUGAGGAAGUGCUGACGGGGAGCCGCAACAGGUUGACGCCCUCUUCAGGGUACGAGUCCAUCGCAGGAUCUGACUCUGACAUCAGAUGCUGGGUGAGUGCGACUUACGACAUCACACUUACAAGUGCUUCAAUUAGCUGUCAGCUCAAAGAGCAUGAUGGGAAUCAAGCAGUUCCUGAAUAUUCUGCUGAGGAAAAGGAAGUGGAUGCAACUGUGUCCUGUAAGAGCAGUGAAAGAAAUGCUGAUGAUGAGCCAUUAUCACUGAAUGUUCACAGUAAUAGGGACAUUUUUCAUAAAAAAGACAACUGUGUUGUGCUGCCUGCUGUUUGCGAGUCUCUCAUUGGUAAAGAGAAAGAGCAACACGCAAUAAAUAUCUCUGAAUAUGAAACAGAGCAAUACAGAGUGGAAAACAGAUGUCAGGAUUCAGCCAAAGACGAUACAAAGAGCAAUAACUGUAGACACAAACUGGACACUGAUUCCUGUGAUGCUUCUUCAAUCACUCCUGACAUUGAUUCACUUGUAAAUCAGGAGAGUCAAACUCAAUCUCUCAGUGUAUUGGGAAAGUGUGAUCCUUUUAUUCCAAGUCCUGAAUCUGACACAAAAGAUCCUGCAAUUAGAGAGACACCAAAGACAUCAGAAUUUGCACAGCAGCUGGCAGCUACACAAAGCCUUAAAUCUGAGCAGACUGAAACACUUUAUUCAGGUGGUGCCAGUCAGGAACAGGUCUGCUGUGACUCUGUGACUGGAGAAGAUCAGAGUUUCCUCCUGGUGGAGAGUUUCCCAGCAUGUGUGACUGAAGUCCAGACACACUCAGGAGGGCUUGAUCCAUCUCAGCGGAUGUCAGUCAAAGCGAUCUGCUGUGAGGUAACAGAUGACCAAAGCCAGAGUCUUGCGACGCUCAUCUUGGAUCGAGCAGAUGGUAGAAUAUCAGCCGUAUCUCCUUCAGGGAGGACACUUCACCGCGACCUCCUGGACAGUUGCAGCAGAAGCACGGCUUUCGUUCCCCAACAUCCACAACUUCAUGAGCUUGAUAUCCACCAGGUUGACGGAGGCUUUGCCAUCAUCAGUGAGGAGGAGGAGAUGGAUGCUGUGUUCGUGAACGACACGGGGCCUGUGCACAGUCCUGGCACACGCAGAGCCAAAGCAUACCCCUUCUCCCUCUCACCCAUCUACGAGGAGGAGUCGGGGCACGAGGAGGUCUCAAAGAUGCUGCAGGUUCUGCCGUUGACAGAAGAGGAGCAAAGGAGCGUGGAGCAGCCGGCCUCAUCCAUCCUCUCCCUCCUGCAGUCAGUCAGUGAGAAGCUUCAGUCCAGUGUGAUCUACGGUUCAGAUGAGGACCAGGCCGAGUCUUUGAGAGCCACCACAAUACCGCUGUGGCACUGCUACAGAGACGGCAGUGAGGAAGAAAAUGAUGGUGAUGAUAAUAACUUCAGUGUUUUAGUGCACCAACAACUCACUGAGGCCAAACCUGACCAGGAGCCAAAUACAGAGGAUGAGCUCAGCUCAAAUAUUGAUCAGACUGCUAAAGAAGCUCAUGAAAGAAUCCAGGAGGAGCUGGACUGUAAUAGCAUGCAGGUGAACGUUGGAAAGAAUGUCAAUACACCUUUCUAUCAGUAUUUGAAAUCCAGAGUGACGGCAUCUGCUGAUAUAGAACCCAAAGACACUAAACACUUUGUGUGCUGUAAUAAAACCAACACAACAGUCAUGGGAGAGAUUGGAGGCUUUGGGCAGGUCAACCCGAGACCUUCUAUAAUGCUCAUCUAUGAGGGUCAGUCAAUCAGUGGUGACAGAAGAGAAAUAUGUGAUGACGUGGAGGAUACCGACAGAGUUCUGUUCCCUUGUGGAGCGACGAUACAUGUGCUCAGAGGAUGUUGGCUGCUGUAUGUGGAUUUGUGUUUCCACGGGUCUUGUGUUCUGCUGGAGGAGGGUCAGACCAUGAGAACCAGCAGACAUCCUCAACAGAACCUGCAACAGCACAGAGAUCCCACAAGAACCGACAUCAGUGAUGUGCAAUCUGUGCGCUCCAUCAGGACACUGCUUAAGGACAAUGGCGUUCCAGAGAUCCAUAUCCAUUCCAGCAUGUGUCGGACAGGACAAACGAUUCGUCUCUUCUCAGCUACAGACCUGACGGAGCAGCACGACCCCGUGACCCUCUCUGACCUCUUUGUCAAGACUGGAUGCUGGUUGGUCUACGACGAGUCUGGAUUCAGUGGUAAUUCUGCUGUUCUGGAAACAGACGGGAGGGUGACACCUGUUCUCCACAGUAUCCUUGUGUCAUGUGUGAAGAGUCUCCGGCCAUUAAAAAUGGGCGGGCUGAAGGUGGCGAGACCUCUUGACCCAAAGGUGAUGUUGUAUGAAAAAACGCAGUUUCAGGGUGAAUGUAGAGAACUGCUGAAUCACACAGACAGUCUGAAGGACACAGAGGGGUCGACAGGAGUUUCUUCUCUAUGGGUCACAGGUGGAAUAUGGGUGGGGUUCUCCAGUGAGGGGUUCAGAGGUCAUCAGUGUGUGCUGGAGGAGGGUGGAUACAGCAACUGCUCAAGACUCUUCAACAGCUCCAUCAAAUCACUACGUUACAUUCACACCGACUUCAUGGAAGCGUCAAUCUGUCUGAAGGGCUCCGAUGAGGAAAUCACUGUGGUGGACCAGGAAGUUCCUGACCUGCAGCGUAACGGUGUCACUCAGGAAACAAACAGCAUCUAUGUGAAGAGUGGAGCGUGGGUGGCGUACAGCGACAGGUGCUUCACAGGUGAUCAGUAUGUGCUAGAGAGAGGACGACACUCAGGGACUCUCGAAUGGGGCGGCAGGUGCAGCUCACCACGGUCACUGCGACCUAUUCACAGGGAGGUUUGCACGAUCAUGGAGCCAAAGUUUUUGCUGCGCAUCUACAGUCAGACGCAUUACAGCGGCGAGAGCCGAGAGUUUGUGAGUGAAGCUCCAGACUGCGGUGGUUUGAGUCUCCAGUCGUUCCGGGUCAUCAGAGGGAGUUGGCUGCUCUUUGAUGAGGAGGGUUACUCUGGUAACCAGUACAUCCUGGGGGAGGGGCUUUACCCUGACCUCACUUCCUGUUGCUGUGCAUCAGCGGUCAUCAAGUCUGUAAAGCCCAUUCCAUACAGUUUCACCGAUCCGUCCGUCAGUCUGUUUUCUCUCAGCGGUUUUGAAGGACUCGAGGAAAUGUCACAUUCAGAUGUUGAGAACAUCUCACACUUCUUCAGCCAAUCUGUGAGAGUCAACAGCGGCCUGUGGGUGGCGUAUGAACACACUUAUUUUCAGGGGCGUCAGAUGGUCUUGCAACCGAGAGAAUAUCCAGAUUGGAGGGGUCACAGCGGCUGGGAAACAAUCGGAUCAUUGAGGCCCCUCAAACAGCCAAAAGUUCACAUUCAGAUACGGAAUCGGGCGCUGGGCUCCAUCCUGACCGCAGAGAGUGUCCCGAUUAGUUCUUUUCCUUCAAAAGUCUUCCUGAGUUCUGCUGAUCGCUCACUGGACACACAGUGUUGGAUCUUCACCAACGGUCUUCUGAAGAACACGGUGAGGAGAGGUUGUCUGUCUGUGAUCGGUGCAAAGGUGUGUGCGGGGGCCAGAGUGGGAUUAUGGGAAGAACAUGGGCAUGUGAAUCAGAGAUGGAGUCUGAAUGAAGAUGGAACAUUCUCCUCACAUUUAAAUCGCAGUCUCGUGCUGGACAUCAAAGGUGGAGUUACUGCUGACAUGGAUCAUCUGAUUCUGAGUCUGCUGUGUGUCGAUACGAACACUCAAAACUGGGACGUGGACGUGCUGUGACCCUAAAACCAUCAGGAAUAUGAACACGAUCAAAUCUGGCAAUGAGGGCUGGAUAAGAUAACUCAGAUAUUCACUCAAAAGACAAUCACAUACAAAUAGAUUUUGGGCCAUUUUCCUGAAAAUGUGCAGUCCUGUUUGAGGAAUUAGAGGAAAAUAGGUCUGUAUGUUUGUUUUAAAUUUGAAUGCAGCACAUUUGCACUAAACGAAACCUCAUGUGUGUGACCACCGCACGCUCAGCGGAUACGCUGGAUUCUCCCUUUAAUCCGUUAGGGGAAAAAACUAAAAUAUUUCUUUCCAGCGGCUGAAGCUGCAGCAUUGAACACAUUCAGAUGGUAUAAAGUCAUUUCACUGGAGUUCUUCAGGAACACUAAUGUGUGUGUCUGUGUAUAAAGUCAGGAAUACAUUUAUA